UUGGGUUGUAUCAACACUGAAAGGUUAAAAAUAGGGAGCUAGCUGCCAAAUUAUCGUUCAUGUAAUUGUCUGCUUUCACAUAUUUACCCGCUACAGUAAUAUCAGCCAAAUUAUAACAGCGUGUCUCAUGACUUUCGGCACGUGUCGGCAUGGACAACCGUUGUUAUUGUUGUGCAUCAAAGUUCAGCCUCUUCAAGAAGGAGCUGGGUUGUAAGAACUGCGGCCGCUCCUUCUGCUCCAGCUGUCUGACUUUCAGUGCUGUGGUGCCUCGCUGUGGCAACACCCAUCAAAAGGUCUGCAAGCAGUGUCAUAAUAAUCUGACAAGCGGGGGUCCUCCUGACAGUGGUGGAAGAUGGUCACCUCCUGAAAAUUACAAAAAACGGGUAGCUGCACUUGAGGCAAAGCAGCAAGGGCAGACAACACAGCCUCUUGCACCGGGAGGCAGCAGAAAUGCCAAAGCAGGCCUUCUCCCAGCCAAAGGCCUGAGUAAGGAGGAUCAGGCUAUUGCUGAAAGGCUUCAAAAACUGAAAGACGACACUACACCAAAGUCUAUCCCAUCUGAGAAAGAGAUUGAGUCUCGCCUUGCUGCUCUAAAAGCUCCCAGCCAGCCAGUGCCUUCUGCAGCAGAGAUGGAGGACCGUCUGGCAGCUUUAAGGGGUCAACCCCCGCCAUCACAAGCUCCUCCACCCGUGCACCAGCCUCCAGAUAGCAGGACUCAGACUGAAAGAGUCAAUGAUAUGAUAACCCAGAUGACAGAUGAAGUUGCCAUAGACAACCAGCAAUCAAAUCCUGAAUGCAGCGUAGAUAGCCGUAUGAAUGAUCUCAACAAGGGGGAGGAGGGGACACUGGAGGAGAAUCUGGAGGAGAACCAGGAUGCAAGUAAGCAGCUUGAGGCUGAGAAGGCCCGUAUCCUUGAUGAGGCAAUGGAGGAGCUGAGGAAGGAGAACCACUCACAAGAUCAGAUCCUCCACAUGGCGAAGAGGCUGGCACAGCUGAAAGGGCAGGACCCAGACAAAGUUACUUUGGAGGACUUUGAACAUCCUGACAGUGAUGAGGAGACUGAGGAGGACGCUGUGAGGAGGGUGUUAAAACAGCUCUCAGAAGAAAGUGCACUGGAUGAAGCAAGUGGCUACAACAUACCUUUAGAGCAGAGUGGACCAAGGAACAUAGAAAAGAAAAAAACUUCUAAAAAAACGGCUCAAGUUCCAGCAGCCAAGAGCAGGAUUUCACCAGCGGCUGUUGCACACGAGCCAUCAGACAGUGAUGAGGAUGAACUUCCAUGGUGCUGCAUCUGUAACCAAGACGCCAUUCUUCGCUGUCACACCUGUGAUGGAGACCUGUACUGCAACCGCUGCUUCAGGGAAGGCCAUGAUAAAUAUGACAGGAAGGAGCAUCGCACCACUAACUACACUGCACCAAAGAAGAAGAGGAAGACAUGAUAGUGAGACUGUGCUGUUGGUGUUGACUUUAUUGCGAUCUGGUCAGUCAUCACUGUUAAACUAGUGUUUUAGCCUGAAGUGACCACUUAUUGUUCAUCCAACAGUGUCACAGUAACACUAUUUCCUCUUUAAAGCAAUCCAGAAGACUCCAUUUUAAGCUGUAGCACUAACCAAUUCACAGGAAGAGCAUCUGUUUUCUGUACCUGCAAAUGCUGAUGUAGAUGAUAAUAAUGAAUUAAGAAAACAAUGGUUAACAUUUAUGGCAGAGCAAAGACUAGACAUAGACAUAAAGCUUUAUGUAAAUGUAAAUCAAUAUGUAUGAUACAGUAUGUGAAACACAAUUAUUUUUCUUUAAUAUACAAAAAAUAGAGGUACGUACAUUUAGAAGAGGCUGCAACACAAUGUUUAUGCUGUAAGAAAAAACUGCACAGCUUCUGUUUGCCACCGUCCAACUGAAUAAGAAGCUUGAUGGGUUUUUUUGUCACUUGUCCUACUUCCCAAAAGCAACGAAGCCUCAUCUUAGAUGCACUUUCCACUUGUCGUCAUUUGAUUGUUCUUCAAUUUUGACAACACAUACAGAAAGCAGACACAUCAUGAGCUCAUCUGGGAUGAUUUACAAUCCCAGACUGCUGGCAGCUCUGGACUGACAAAGUACAGAGGAGUCAGUAUAAAAGGAUUACUGAUGGCUUUGUUUUCCUUUGGCAGCCACUGCAGUCACUCUUGUAAUCUAUGUUUGGCUGAGACUCUGACAUGAAUAUUGCCUUUCUUGUCCUUCCGUGUAAUUUCAUUUUAACUGGAUGCAGUAGCAUUAGACGCUGUGUCACAUCUUUUAGCGAAGGGAGAGUUUUUUUUUUGUUAUAUUUUUUUUAUCUCUGAAGCCUUAUUUUAUCACAGGUAUCAUCACUCGACAAAAAUGUCACAGUCUGUUAGGACUUGUGAGAAGUGUAGUCUUACAGUAUAGAUGGUGUCUGUGUCAGAGAGGCAAGAGUGGAAGUGGGGGCGAACCGGACAAAUUAUAUUAAUGGAUCUCUUAGCCGGAAGACCCUCUGUAUAUGACAGACAGGAGACCAGAGUGCUGUUUCAUCAGUGUGCACUACUGUCUAGCCAGCUGAGGAGAAACCAUAAUUACACUCUCCUCCAGGGGCUUGCUCCAUUAAGGUUUGUAUGGGGGCCGUUACUGUGUUUGCCUUUUUUGGCCAUGUCAUCCAUGGACCACAGACAGGAAAUGGAAGGGGAUAAUGGACGCUUACUUAAUGGACCUUCCUGCUGCUGAUUUCACUGUGUUUACUCUUCGUCAUGACUUGUCAACGUCUCCUUUGUUUCCAUCACUCUGUUGAAAAAUUUAUGGUAGAAAACAGAGCCUUGCUCUCAGUGAAUGAUAUCCUGAGUGCCAUGCUAUAGUAAAGUCUUAGAGUUGUCUCUGGGCAGUAGGACAGAAUCGUUCUUUCAAAGUAGAAUGGUUUAUUAGAACAGAAAUACAGGGCUGUUGUGGUAACAGGGUGGUUUGAUUAGCACUGUAAAUUGAUUGGUAUAAAAGAGAUGUCAAUAUUUAAUUAUGUGUGUGUGUGUGGAAUGAAUAAUAUCUGAUGAUACCACACUCCGUUUCUUUCUUGAUUGCUCAUGUGCAAUCACAUGUAACACCUGUGAUAACACAUCAACACCUUUGUCUUGAAAAUGUUCAUUUUUAUUUUGACAUACAACAGUUAUUAGAACAAAAAUAUUUAUGUACAUAAAUAUGCAACCAAAAAUGUACAGUCUUACACAAAAAAAAACAGUCCGUCUGAGUAAUAGUCAAUAUGUCUUUUAUCACAUGUGCAGUAUUUGUAUGUUGGGGAGACAAAAUGUUUAAGCAUUUCAUAAAUUAAAAAGGAAAAAAACCAACAACAUUCAAACCCGACUGCUUAGGUGGUGGACUGAUGAUGACCCAGGAAGAGAGUCCCACUGACACUUGAACUGCACAUACAGGUAUCCAAACAAUUAAUGCGUGGGUAAUUGGAAGAUAAGAGGCUCCACGUUGUUUCAAUUCUUUAUUUGAC